GCCCGGAAGUUGUUUGGGAUUUCAGGUAAAAGAUCCCGGAGAUGCUGCCUUCGCCCGAGAAAACAAACAGUGCUCCUGCUAUAUAAAUACAGCAAUCAGAGUCGAUCGCCAGGCAGCUGGUGUGAGAAUGAAUGCUGACGAUUGCAAUGGCCGUUCUUACAUGUCAGGCAGCGGAGAUUCUUCAACAGAACGGGAGUUUUUUGCAGGGCUAAGGGGACCUACAGUGAGCACUCCGAACAGUCAACACUCCUCUCCCAGUCGCUCCGUCAGUGCAAAUUCUAUCAAAGUGGAGCUCUACAGUGAUGAAGAAGCAGGUAGUGCGCCACUUGCAGAGAGAGGAGGAGGAGGAGGAGAGAGGGAUGAAGGAUGGAAGCAGGAUAAGGUGGAUAUCGCCGAGGAGGUUGGCGGAGAGGCUGGAGGGGAGGCUGGAGGAGACAUGGGCGGAGGAGUGCUCGGUCCGGGAGGGAGCGGUUCACCUGGACCCAUUCGGCUCCCGAAUGGGAAAUUGAAGUGCGAUAUAUGCGGGAUGAUGUGCAUCGGCCCUAAUGUUCUGAUGGUACACAAACGCAGCCAUACAGGCGAGCGACCGUUCCAGUGUAACCAGUGUGGCGCGUCCUUCACGCAGAAAGGCAACCUCCUGCGCCACAUCAAGCUCCACUCUGGCGAAAAGCCCUUCAAAUGUCCCUUCUGUAACUACGCCUGCCGCCGCCGUGACGCGCUCACAGGACACCUCCGCACACACUCCGUUUCCUCUCCGACUGUGGGGAAGCCCUAUAAGUGCAGUUACUGUGGACGCAGCUACAAGCAGCAGAGCACACUGGAGGAGCAUCGGGAGCGCUGCCACAGCUACCUACAGAGUCUGGACCACCAGCCUGCCCACAGCACGCAGUCUGCACAGGGUGAGGAAUGUCGUAACAUGGACAUGAUGGCUGACCCUCUGAUCCAGCCGUUGUCAGAAAAGAUGACGUUCAUCGACCGCGUGGCUAACAGCAUCACUAAAAGGAAACGCUCCACACCUCAAAAGUUUCUGGGAGAAAAGCACAUGCGCCUGAAUGUGUCCGAUGCACCUUAUGAGAUCAACUCCAGCCCUGAGAAAGAGCGAGAUGUGCUGGGUUCUCAUGCUGGAAGUGACUCUGCUGCUUUAGCUGUUAUGGGAAGCCGCUACCUCCGCACCCACCGAGGAGUAAGUGAAGAAGUCGAGUCUCCUCGCUCGCUGCACCUGCCUCCUCCUCACCCGGCUUGCGUGUCCGAGUUUACCCCUGUCAUCAGCUCCGUCUAUGGCCACAUCGCACCCCUGGGCCAGCGGAUGAACUGUGCAGGGGGCAUCAACAUGGUACUGCCUGGCCGAGAGGCAGGCGAGGGCCAUGAAGACGUGCCCUCAGGGCGCAGCCACGCUGCCUCACCUAGCAAUGGCUGCCAGGACUCGACAGAUAACGAGAGCACGACAGAGGAGCAAAGCAUCGGCCCUGGCGCUGCCAACCACCGAGGACGCGAGCGCCACAGUCCUAGUCAUGCCAAAGAAACAGAAGUGGAAGGUGAGCGACACAGAGGGAGUGUACCGGCUAAGGGGAGUCCUCGUUCUCCGCCCUCGUCCAGUUUGGCCGUGCAGGUAGUGGACGGCGAGGGGAGGCCGGUGCGCUCAUUCCGCUGCGAGCACUGUCGCAUCUUCUUCCUGGACCACGUCAUGUUCACCAUCCACAUGGGCUGCCAUGGCUUCCGCCAGCCUUUCGAAUGCAACAUCUGCGGCCACCGCAGCCAGGACCGCUACGAGUUCUCCUCGCACAUCGUCCGAGGAGAGCACCAAGUGGGCUGAACCACUUGGGAGUCGGGGUGGGAGGGUUGGCACGCAGGCAGGAUGGGUAUUUCAAAGUGGGAAAGAAGGUAAGGAGGGACGUACGCUGCUUUCAGACGAUACGGAGUCCAGUUUGGUCUGCACCAGAUCAGGAGGGGGGGGGGACAUAUUGAGCACUUGCUUUUAGUAUUAGUGAACAGCAGGCUUUCAAUUUCGAAGGCUAAUUGGCAUAGGCACACAGGGAGCAUUGCCUGUGCUUAAAGAAAUCACCAUUGAGCAGAGUUUGAUUAGAACUGUGGGAUUUAAUUCCACUCUCCGAUCGAACUCCCAAAUCAGUUCAUUUGGCAAGACGCAAAUGUUUUGCUUUAGAAGUGCCUUUCUUCAGUGGGGUUUACCUUUUCUGGGUUGGAUAGAGAAACUUGGUGCUCGAGCAUGCUGCAGCCGGGGGCGAGCGGAAUCAUGCCAGCAGCAUUUCCGUACUGCGUUUUCGAGGUUGCCAUGAGCGUAUGAGUUUGUGUGAGUGACCUGAGGGAGUGAAACGAGCUCCACAGCUGUAGUGUAGUCGAAAGUGUACAGACUUUGUGUUCGGUCUCCUUUUAUGGUCAUUUUAAGGAUCUGUGGAAUUUAGAGGACUCAGGGAGGACACCGGGGACUGAAGGAAAGAACGACGAAGUAGCAGCAUGAGCUGCAGGCCUCUAUAAGACUCGGAGAGAGGGAAGAUCUGUGUGUUAGCCAUAUAAACGGAGCGCGCGCACACACACACACAUUGCCUUAAGUAGUUGCUUUAUAUUAUAUUAACCCUGUGUUUAUCUAGUUGAAUUGAGUAUGCUGUUUAAUGCUGUGCUUUCAGGAAGCACCAUAAAAGGCGUCUUUUAAACCUGAAACAGCAAACCUCUCAUUAGGUGGUUUUAAGAAUUAGGCCUGAUUUUAUUAUUAUUAGACAGACUAUAACUAAUCCUUCAUGCUAAAUGUCUUAUUUAAGUAGAAAUUAACUUGAACAAAACAAAAAAUUUUGCCUUAGUUUUGGAGUGUAUCGCAGUGGAUAACCUUGGUCCUGCUCAGUUCUUGGACUUGCUGGUUUCCUUUGUGCCUCAGAACUCGAUUGUUGUUUUUAGUCCAGAUAGACCUCACCUCAGUGGCGAUGAUCAAGUUCAUUGCAAUCGCUCUUCAGGACUAUAGAGGAGUGUUUGUGCAUCAUUCUUGCAGUAUGAAGUCCCCCUUAUGUCCAGCCUGUGCAACAAACCUGUUGAUGAAACGAUUGCCUAGCUUUAGUUAACAAGGUACGUUUGUUAGUUUUUCAACAACAACGACAAAAAAAAAAAAAACGGGCUAAAUGCUGCAUACGAGGCGAUUUGCAAACGGGUGUAACAAACCACAGUGCAGCAAAUGGAGCCUUAAUGUGCUGGUGCAGAUCAAACAAAGACCCAUAUUGCAUUCUGUGACUCUGAACGAUAAGGAGGGGUUGAUGCCUCGGAGGAGGUUUGCACUUUUCUAACUCUGCUUAAAUGUGAGUGUUUUUGCUGGGGCUGUUGGGUUGGGCAGGCAG